CAAUGGAGACGGCUAAGGAUAUGCCACCCAGACCUGGUCUUCACCAAAGACACCUUUGGUAUAAAUACGGCCAUGGAUAUUGACAAAUCCAUGACAGUUGGUGAGCUGUUGAACAUGCACGCCAAGAAGCUGGAAUUGCUCAACAGGAAAUUCAUCGACAAUGUGGACAGUGUAUUGCGCCCAUUGUGGUCAACUUCCACUACAUUGGAUAAAUUUGUUAUCAAAUUUGGUCUUCGCAGGGAGCAUAAGCAUUACAUUGACAGAUGGGUUAGCUUUUCCAUCACGUCAAGGGCCAAACAUAUUGCUCUUGAUUUCACGUCCGAUGGGUCUAGCUGUGACUCUGGAUUUGACAAGUACGUUUUUCCGCUCUGUGAUCUCAGUGGCCCAAAUGGCUCUUGUAUCAUGUCUCUUGAUCUCGGCUAUAUAUUUUUAAAGCUGCCCCCCAGUUUCUGUGGUAUCACAAACCUUAAGAAACUCACACUAAAGAUGGUGUCUAUCAAUGGUGGUGAUCUCCAGCUCCUGUUGCUAAGUUGUGCUCUUCUCGAGAGUUUAAGCAUUGAGAUGUGCUCAGACUUGUCAAGUUUAUGCGUACCACAGGAGCUGUCCCAGUUGCAGUACCUGCGUGUGCGCUAUUGUGGCAUGAAAAUGUUAGAGUUGCAUGCUCCGAAUCUUACCAAAUUUGAGUUCGACGACAGUCUCAUGCAUACUGUGCUCAGUGAAUCCUCAAAGUUGUCAGAGGCAAUUUUUGUGUCUAACCUAAGAGUGCUCAAUGGUUAUGAUGAUGUUUUGGAUGAUAUCUUCACUGAGCUUCCAGCUGCUCUUCCUCAUAUGGACACACUACUUCUACUUUUGACUUCUUCUCAGGUGCAAAGAUUCAGUAACACACGUGAUAGCUUCAUCUGUUUGAGGCAUCUGAACAUGAACCUUAAUAUCUCUCUGUAUCCAGAUGAUGAUAGUUGGGUUAUGGGGUUUGUUAAUCUCUUGGAGUUAGCACCUCUUUUAGAAGAACUAGAACUGCAUAUGGAUCAUUAUGGACAUUGCUCUUCUAAUCUGAGGAUGGUGACAGCGGCGCAAGGGCCUCUGCAUCGUCACCUCAAGAGUGUCUACAUUUCUGGAUUUUCUGAUGUAUCAGGGCUAGCCGAGCUGGCGUUCUACAUCCUUGAGAAUGCUAUUGUGCUUGAACGUAUGGUAGUAGAUCCUGUGGCAGGGAUGAAGGAAGAUCUGAACACCGAACGUUUCUAUUCGGUCAGCAAGGCUGGUAGCAGCGAAGAGUUCGUUCUUCCAACCGAGGGUGAUCGGUACUGUCUUGAGGAGAUGCGAUUGUUUGCGAAAAUGAACCUUGACAGAGAGGAGUUUCGUCAUGUCCUCACCGUGUUAUGAAUAACAAAUGUAGAACUAUAGUUCUUUUCUACACAUGUGGAUGAUGGACGAACCGGUGUGAUGGAAAAUUGAGCAGGAGUCCCCCC